CAAGAAUCUCACCCUGGAGCUCAGAUUGAACUGAGACCUUGGCUUGUCUAUUGAUCUUCUCAGCGGUCCCCUGGGUAGCCAUGGAUGUGGGUCCCUUGGGCCUGCCAGAGCUAACUCAGGGCUGCAGCAAGACCCUGCGGGGAGCCCGGGGCAGGGGCCCGGCCAUGCGCCGGCAGCGGGAGUUCAUGCCGGAGGAGAAGAAGGACACGGUGUACUGGGAGAAGCGGAGGAAGAACAACGAAGCUGCCAAGAGAUCCCGGGAGAAGCGGCGUCUCAACGACGCGGCGCUGGAGGACAGGCUGGCCUCGUUGCUGGAAGAGAACGCUCUGCUCAGGGCUGAGCUGCGGGCGCUCAAGCAUCGCUUUGGCCUCCUGCCGUCUGCUGGUGGCACCCGGACCCUGCCCCUGCAGGCUCUGCUGUGGGAGUCCUGCAUGGGAGACCCCUGCCCCGGCGCUGAACCGCUCCCAUCUCUGCCUGGCUCCCAUGGCUGCGUCUUCAGACCGUGUUCCUUGGACGCUGGGGUUCCAGGAUGCUGGGGCUGCCCUGUGGCUCAGAGGUGGACUGAUCUGGCUACUUCCCCGGCACCCUCUACCCCCAAGAGAGUGGAUAUGGCCUUGCAGGCUGCCCUCCCAGCUGCCUUCUUCGGCUGUCACCUCCUGGAUGGGCAUGGGGGGCCCAGACCGGAGCUCAGGCCCUGCUGGGGGCUGUGGUCACCCAUGCCCAGUAGUCGCCGGGCCUCAGGGCCCUCAGAUGUCUUGCUAACACCAACUGCUGAUCCCAUGGGGUUGCCUUCUGGGAACGAUCCUGAGGGUCUGGCUAAGCCCUCCUUGCCCCACAAACUGCGCAUCAAGUCCCGAGCCUCGGGCAGAGUGCCUCGAGGCUGGGAGGGGGGCCGGGGACCCUUAUGAGGGCUUCCCCUGGGCAAGGCCAGGUCUGCAAGGGGGUGGUUGGGACUGAGCAUGGAUUUGUCUGGGGUUGAGGGGGUGGCCUGGAUGAGUGGCUUGGCCUUGACCUAGCUCCCAGGACUGGGAAAGGCCUGUGGGAAGGAGGGAGGUGCCCUGGCUGGGGGGGAGCCCACUUCUCAGUGUUCAGUCCAGGCAUUUAGGAGGAGGGCCUGGGUAUGAUCUUGGAUCACACCAUGGUUCCCACCCUGCCUAAAGUAUGUGCUUUGGGUAGUCACUUUUUAUUCCUUCCAUUCAUUCAUCUGUCCAUCCACCCAUCCAUUCAUCCAUCCACCCAUCCACUCAUUUGUCCGUCCAUCCGUCCAUCUAACCACUCAGCAAUCUAUCCACAUACCUAUCUACCCAUCAACCCA